GAUUUCCCUGCUGCAGCCGGGGCCGGGGCUGCGAGCCAUGGCUCUGCAAGGGGCCGCGGUGGCUGAGGAGCUCGUUUUCUAUGUGAAUGGGAGGAAGAUAAUAGAGAAGAAUGCUGAUCCUGAACAAAUGCUCUUGUCUUAUCUGCGAAAGAGGCUCUGUCUUACAGGAACUAAGUAUGGCUGUGGAGGAGGUGGCUGUGGUGCCUGCACAGUGAUGAUAUCAACUUAUGAGCCAGCUUCAAAGAAGAUACGACACUAUUCAGCCAAUGCAUGUUUACUUCCCAUUUGUUCCUUGUACGGUGCAGCAGUGACUACAGUGGAAGGUGUUGGAAGUACAAAAACCAGGAUUCAUCCAGUUCAGGAAAGACUUGCCAAGUGCCAUGGCUCCCAGUGUGGUUUCUGCACACCUGGAAUGGUGAUGUCCAUAUACACUUUGCUAAGAAACCACCCAGAACCAACUUCGGAGCAGAUGAUUGCAGCUCUGGCUGGGAACUUGUGCCGCUGUACUGGAUACAGACCAAUCCUAGAUGCCUGUAAAACUUUCUGUAAGGAAUCUAUUUGUUGUCAAAGGAAAGCAAAUGGAAAAUGUUGCUUGGAUCGGAAAGAUGACUUGUUUGACAAUGAAGAGAAGGUCUCCACCAGCCUGUUUUCAACAGAUGAAUUCCAGCCCUUAGAUCCCACCCAGGAGCUUAUAUUCCCUCCAGAACUAAUGAGAAUGGCAGAAAAUCAACCAAAAAGAACUCUGGUUUUUCAUGGGGACCGAGUAACGUGGAUUUCUCCUGUAAGCUUGGAUGAACUGCUGGAUCUGAAAGCUGCCCACCCUAAAGCACCUCUUGUGGUUGGGAACACCAGUGUGGGACCUGACAUGAAAUUCAGAGGUGUGUUCCAUCCAGUUCUUAUUGCUCCUGCAAGGAUCCCAGAUCUGAAUGUGUUGAAAUACACAAAUGAUGGAUUAACUCUGGGAGCUGCCUGCAGCCUCUCUCUAGUGAAGGACAUCUUGACAAAUGCAAUUGCCGAGUUCCCUGAAGAGAAGACAAGGGUUUUCUGUGCAGUCUUGCAGCAAUUGAGAACUCUGGGCGGAGAACAGAUAAGAAAUGUUGCUUCAUUUGGUGGAAACAUCAUAAGUAGAAAAUCAACAUCAGACUUGAAUCCUGUUCUGGCAGCCAGCAACUGUAUGCUCAAUCUUGCUUCAAGAGGACAAAAGAGACAGAUUCCUAUGAGUGAUAUUUUUGCAGAUGGAGUUGGUAACAAUACCAUUACACCAGAAGAGGUCUUAGUCUCUAUCCAUAUUCCUUAUUCUAGGAAGGGGGAGUAUGUCGCUGCAUUUCGACAAGCACCAAGACGGGAAAAUGCUCUUCCAAUAACCAAUGCUGGGAUGAGAGUCCUUUUUGAAGAGGGUACAGACAUUAUAAAGGAUCUAAGCAUUUUCUAUGGAGGUGCUGUCUUGACAACAGUCUGUGCAAAACAAACCUGUGAGACACUUACUGGAAGACACUGGAAUGAACAAAUGUUGGAUGAAGCAUGCAGACUAGUUCUUAAAGAAAUUGCUCUUCCAGGCUCAGCUGAUGGUGAAAAUGUAGACUAUAAGAAAACUUUGAUGGUCAGUUUCUUCUACAGAUUUUUCCUGGAAGUAUCACAGUCAUUGAAGACAAUGGAUCCUUGCCAUUUUCCGGGCAUACCUAUGGAAUAUGGGAGUGUCCUACAAGAUUUCAAAACCAGAAUGCCCCAGAGUAUCCAAAUAUACCAGGACGUAGGGCUGAGCCAGUCUCCCCAGGACCCUGUAGGACGGCCCAUUAUGCACCAGUCUGGGAUAAAGCAUGCCACUGGUGAAGCAGUCUACAUUGAUGACCUUCCUUCUGUGGAUGGGGAGCUUUUCCUGGCUGCUGUCACUAGUUCCAGAGCUCAUGCUAAGAUUGUAUCUAUAGAUACCUCAGAGGCCCUAAAAGGAGCAGGUGUGUUUGAUGUCAUAACAGUUCGUGAUGUGCCAGCUGCAAAUGAAUUUUAUUUUUUUGAUGAUCCAGAGAUUAUAUUUGCAAGAAAUGAGGUGAUUUGUGUGGGUCAGAUUGUCUGUGCUGUGGUUGCAGAUUCAAAUGUUCAUGCCAAACAAGCAGCUGCAAAAGUGAAGAUAGAGUAUGAAAUGCUGGAACCAGUAAUUUUAACAAUUGAGGAAGCUAUAAAACACAACUCGUUCUUUGAGCCAAAAAGAAAAUUAGAACAAGGAAAUGUUGAUGAGGCAUUUGAAACUGUAGAUAAUAUAAUUGAAGGGGAGAUUUGCAUUGGGGGACAGAAACACUUUUACAUGGAGACUCAGAGUAUGCUUGCUGUUCCAAAGGGAGAGGAUGAAGAAAUGGAUUUGUAUGUGUCAACCCAGCAUCCAGCAAUUAUUCAGGAGAUGGUAGCUGCAAGUUUAGGUGUUCCAGCCAACAGGAUCAUGUGCCAUGUUAAACGAGUUGGUGGAGCUUUUGGUGGGAAAAUCCUUAGAACUGGCUUGCUGGCAUCAGUUGCUGCUGUGGCAGCAAACAAAACCAGCAGAGCAGUUCGUCUUAUUCUGAGCCGAGAGGAUGAUAUGGUAAUCACUGGUGGCCGACAUCCUUUCAUUGCUAAAUAUAAAGUUGGCUUCAUGAAUGAUGGUAGAAUCACAGCUGUGGAUGCCAAAUAUUAUGUUAAUGGAGGAUGUACCCCUGAUGAAUCUGUCCUGGUAGCAGAAGUAUCUUUAUUAAAAAUGGACAAUGCAUACAAGAUUCCCAACUUGAGAUGCUGGGCAUAUGUCUGCAAAACAAACUUGCCAUCAAAUACAGCCUUCCGAGGCUUUGGCUUUCCUCAAUCAGGACUGGUGACAGAAACUUGGAUAACAGAUGUUGCAGAUAAAACUGGUUUAUCACCAGAAAAGAUUAGGGAAAUAAAUAUGUAUAAGAAGAACGAGCAGACACACUUCAAACAAAAACUUGAUCCACAGAAUUUAAUACGAUGUUGGAACGAAUGUAUGGAGAAAUCGGCAUACUACAGUAGGAGAACAGCUAUCAAUGAAUUUAACAAACAAAAUUACUGGAAGAAAAGAGGGAUUGCCAUUGUACCAAUGAAAUUUCCAUUUGGAGUAAGCACACCUUACCUUUCUCAGGCUGCUGCACUGGUUCAUAUUUAUACUGAUGGGUCUGUGCUUCUGACACAUGGUGGAAUUGAAAUGGGGCAGGGUAUUCAUACAAAAAUGAUCCAGGUUGCUAGUCGGGAAUUGAACAUCCCCAUGUCAUGUAUUCACUUCUGUGAAACGAGCACAACAACUGUUCCCAAUGCAUGUGCCUCAAUAGCAUCUGCAGGGACAGAUGUCAAUGGCAUGGCUGUGAAGGAUGCUUGCCAAACUCUUCUGGAACGCCUGCAGCCCAUCAUCAAGAAGAACCCAACAGGGACCUGGAAUGAUUGGAUUAAAGAAGCUUUUAAACAGAGUGUGAGCCUUUCAGCUACUGGCUAUUUUAGAGGUUACAAUGAAUACAUGGACUGGGAGAAAGGGGAAGGACAUCCAUUCACAUAUUUUAUUUUUGGAGCUGCUUGUUCGGAGGUUGAAAUUAACUGUCUAACAGGAGAUCACAAGAACCUCAGAACAGACAUUAUUAUGGACAUUGGAUGCAGCAUAAAUCCAGCUGUGGAUAUAGGACAGAUUGAAGGUGCUUUUAUUCAAGGCAUUGGACUGUACACAAUGGAGGAGCUAAAGUAUUCUUCAGAAGGAGUCCUCUAUACUCGGGGUCCGGAUCAGUAUAAGAUUCCUGCUGUUUGUGAUAUUCCAGAACAGUUUAGUGUUUCCCUGCUGUCAUCUUCUCAAAAUCCUUAUGCCAUCUAUGCAUCCAAGGGGAUCGGUGAGGCAGGAUUUUUCUUGGGAUGCUCUGUGUUCUUUGCUUUGAGAGAUGCAGUAACCAGUGUGAGGAAUGAAAGAGGACUGAACAAGACCUUUGCACUGAACAGUCCCCUGACUGCUGAGCAAAUACGAGCAAACUGUGCUGAUGCCUUUACUGACAUAGUAAGAGAAGAUGGCAAACAAUGAAGUGCUUCCUCCUCGGGCCACAUCUGUGUGAAUGACAAACCAUAGUGCACAUGACCGGAAUGGAAAACUGAUUUACUGCCCCUAUCAAUACACAAACAAAUGUAUUUUCUCUUUUUCUGAAUAGAAUCAGCUUCCAAACAUACGCAUUUUAUAUCUUACAUCUUUAUCUUCAUUCUUCCUCCAGUGUACUCAUUACAGUAUUUUGCUUAAAUGACUGCAUUUAAUUGUUAAAAAUAAAUCUUCUGCAUUUGAACCAUAUCUUUUUAACACGGUAGAUCUGCUGAUCAGCACAACUCAAAUGCUGCAGGAGAGGAAAGUUAGAAUGAAGUGUAAAGGUAUGCUAGAUAACUUACUGCCUCAUAUUACACUAAACAACUUCAUAUGAUAAAUGAUUUUGUAAUGGCUUCAGCUAAUUUUCUAAUUCAGAUUUGAGUCUUGCAGUGAAGUGUGAGUGCAGAGAUCUGUGUCAAAGAAUCAGAGCCUUGUUUGUUGUAUUCAGAACCUUUUUGACCAGAAGUGGUGCUUUGACUUGUAGUAAAGCUGGUUUAGAAUCUUUUGGCACAGGUGUCUUUGUGUUAAAAACAUGUAAGAAACAAGAGUUAUGAUUCUCUUUUGCUAUGCCAGGUAAGUUGCCAUGGCUGGCCUAGAUAUGUAAAAUUUUAUCCCAAAAGUUGACAGAGUUGUAAUUUCCACCAGAAGCUUUCUUUAUCUCAUGGAGCAAGCCAAAAGAAUCUGAACACAAUGGGAAAAUUGACAUGGAGUUCAGUGUGCUUUGAAUGGGGGAAUGGAUGGCAUGUCAGCCUGCAGGCUCUUACUAUUUCACCACCUCUCAGUGUUCCACAAUUUCUCUUCUCUUUCCUUCAUUUGUUGAGCUGACAUAAUAUCUGCAACAGAAAUUAGGUCAGUUGCUUAAACAGCUUUAGCAUUGGCUAUUAAGAUAUGAAGUCUUUAUUGUUUCAGUUUGUUUCUCUGUAACCAUGAUGAGUCAGUGAAAUGCAGUUGCUUAAACAUAGGUGUCCAGACCAUUUUAGAUGUCAUAAGACAGGAGAGACAUGGCACAGGAGAGCACAGGACUGGAAGAUAUACAGCAGCUUGAGACCAGGCAGGUGAUAGUAAUUGUAAUCAUUGGAAGUGACAACUUAUACUUCUCAGCUACUUCACAGUAUCUUUAGCUUCCUGUUACAUAUAAAAAAGUGUGUUUUUUACAGUGUAAUGAUCAGAUCUGAAUGAAGGUUGUAGACUGGUGAUGGAGGAAAUUUUUCUCCCUCCACCAGGUCUGGGUAGAAAAGUAGAAUACAGAAGAACUCUGCUUGUCAGCUUUCUUUUCAGAUUCUAUCUGGAACUGUUAUAAUGAGAACUUUGCCCUUCUAAAUUUUCAUUCUUAAGCCUCUACUAAUUGUAACAUGAAGCUGCUGAAACAUUUGACACUGUGGGCAAUCUUUUAUAUUUUUAUAGUUUUCCUGGGAGUUCAGGGUGCAGAUGCACUCCUUGCCCUCAAGGUGUUGUGCAGAUCAGGCUGUCCUGACACAGCACAAACAGGGACACAGCUUUCCGAGAUGUAAGAGCUCAGCAGAAUUUAGUUAAACUGUGCAGUGGGCCUCAGGACAAAUAAAUGGAAUUACCUACUGCAGCACCUCUGUGAUUGUUCAAGUCUGAAAGAUCUAUUUGUAAAGCUACAUUAUGAAAAGGAGAGGUGAUUGGCAUAUGAAAGUUUGUUCAUGGGAGGACUUAAAUUAAAAAUUUUCAAAUUUCAUCAUGAAUUUUCACCUCUUGUUUUGUUGCAAAAUUUAAAAACUUUUAAAAUCAAAGUUUUGCUACUUCUUAGCAGUUUGCCACUAAAACUUUCAGCGUCAUCCAAGAAUUUGUUUUUUGUCCUGUAAGAGAUUAAAAAUAUAUGUUUUACAGUGUACUCUUUACUCAGUAAAAGCCCAACCAAAAUGUAAAUGUUGGAAGAUUUUCAUGGUCCCUCAUAAUAGUCUGUUUAAAGUUAAUGUGAACUAUUAGCAGUUCAACAACAAAGAGCACCAAAGAUGUAUUUUAAUUAAGUAGGUCUGAAAUGCUUUCAAUUACGGGCUGACUUUGAAAUAAUAAGAGGAGAUUGAUGAUGAGAAUUUAAAUAGCAAAAAAAUGGAUGAAACCAUUUUUCAGUCUAGUCAACACUGGCCAGAAUAGUAAUUUACCUGUCUCUUUAGCAAGAUGGGAAAGAAGGAAUUAGAAUGAUUCCCGACUGUAUUCCUGACUUCAGAUGCAUUUUCUCUGAAGCAGACAGUAUGAAAGACGAUUGUUUGAAGCAGUGGUGAUGCUGAAGUCUGCAAAGGUGUGGCUUGCUUCACUUUUUUGGGCUUGUCCACCUCAAUUCUGUCACUCUUCUCCAAAUAGAUUCUGACCUCUGAUGAUUUUUUUCUGCUCUGCUUUUUACUGUUUCAAACUGUCCCAAAUCAAAUGUCAUGCCACCCUUUAGCAGCUUCAGUUCUGAUUCUCAUUACUGCAUGAACACGUGUUCCAGGAAACACGUUUCAGGAAUAACCACCAGGCCAAUAUUGUCACACUCAAGGAUGGCAUAAAGUUGAGGGUAAAGCACAGAAUUUGCAGAAUUAACUGUUAUGCUGUCCUGAGAGAUUUCCCUCUCUUUAAUGAAAAUGGUACAAAAGUGGGUGGAAAUGGGUAGAAAAAAAGUAACUGAUGGAAAGAAGUUAAAAAAGGAAGAGGAAUAAGAAAGUUGUAUUUUCCCUCAUAGAGUGAUUCAGAAGAAUACAUAGUCCUGCUAUAACAGAAGAGAUGUAACCUCUUAAAGAAGAAAAAUGCAUGAGUUGUUAAAUUGAUACUGAUUGAAUAAUUUUCUCCUGACACAGGUCUAUAAAUAAAGGAGGUGCAAGCCUGAGAUUUAAAGAAACAGAAAAUAAAUGGAAGUAUUUUUCUUCUGUGACAAAACUUUCUCUGCCUUAUAUACACAUAGAUAGUCAAAUAUGAAUUCCCUUGCAGUUCAUUUGAAACCCAGUUUAUUUUUCCUAUAAUUAUAUACAUAAUGGGUAAAUUUCACAUGGGAGACAGGAACAUUUUUGCAUGGAAACAAAUAGGGUGGUUGUUAUUCCAAGAGUGCAAGAUAAAGAAAUGGCUUUGUAUGUGUCAGGUAAAACACAGUGUUAAUGGUGGGUUCAGUGCACACAUGGACCAUUCAUUAAGAGUUGGACUUGACAAUCCUUAUGGAUUCCUUCUAACACUAUUCUGUGAUUCUGUCAUACUUGUUUCUUACCUUUCUAAAUAAUCUUGAAGCUGAACUACAUGACCAGGAGUUGCUUUCAUAUUUCUCUGCUUCUCUUGAAACCCCCUAAGGGUGUUCCCAAUUCAGAUUAAUUUAUCUGAAUUCUUUUAUGAAAAUAAGUGGCCUGACUGCUGCUGAAGCAGAGUGGAACAUCAGGUCUUGUGCUGUUGGUAUUAUACAGAGCAGUACAGACACAAAUAAGCAGUGUUACUAUGGGAUGAACAAAGGGUAUCUUGGAUAGAUAAUAUGACUGUAAUCUUCUUGUAGAGAAAAUACUAAUUCUGUCUUAGAUAUAUUGGUUAAAUCCUCCUAAAAUCAGUGAUAAUCUGUACAAUCCUGGGAAAUUGCUUUUGCAGUAAUGAGUGUCUUCUCCUUGAGAUAACGUAUUUCAGACAAGUUGCAUUGCUUGUAUGAGUAGUGACUGAUGAUGAUGGAGUCAGAAUAAUGUGUAAAUAAUGAUAAAUUAAUAUGGAAAUAAUAAUAACAUAUGAAUGAUGUGAAGUUUUGGGGCAAAAAUCUAACAGGUCCCACUUAACAUUAAAGUUGGAUUGUAGGCCGGUAGCAAGCAACAGUUUCAAAGAAUAUAUGUUAAUUUCUACAUGUUUAGUAUUAACUUUUGCAGUUCAUUGCUGGCUUGCACUUUUGAAGCUUUUCUUUUUGUCAGCCUGACAAGUUAAAGUUCUGUUUACACCUUUGGAAGCACUGUCAGGGGAGGUAUUUUCGAAAUGCAAUGUCAGUGUUUUAGUGACACUGACUGUGUGCUGUAAACAAUCCCUCAGUUCCAUUUGGCUUGCUGUUUCAGUCCAUGCUUUAUCUCCAGCUGCAGAUGCAAUGUGCAGUUCUAUAUAGGGAUUAUCAUAACUGGCAUCAGAUAAUCAAACUAGUUUACAGAGCUGGUUUUACAUUUCCACUGUUCUUUUAAAGACUAGAUUGUGCUUUCAUUGGCAUUUUUAGUUGUUUGAAAUUUUUUUGUUUGUUUGUUCCUAUAGCAACUAUUUUUCUGCCCUGAAGUCUUAAACCUGAUAGCUUUUAAUAUAUAGUUAGUCAUGGAAAAUAGGCAUUCUUUUAACAUGUAUUUUGAUAGGUAAGAUUCUGGAUGCUCACUUUUGCAGGAAUUGGUGGCUUCAGUUUAAAACCUCCAGUCCAAAAAAAUUAUGUGUGCCAUGUGAAACAUGUUGGUGGAGCAUUUGGGGGGAAGGUACUAAACCAUCACUCUUUGUUGUAGUUGCAGCUGUGGCAGCCAAGAAGUAAGUUGAUUUAACUAAAUCAAAGGAGUGAUAUAACUAAAAUUAAUUAAAGAUGACAAGACUAAAUUAAAAAGGAACUUCAGUCCUGAACCCUCCCUGGGGGGUUAUCUCAAUGACGUCAUCUUUUUUAUCUCUUUGGCAGUAAAUCUUGGAUAGAGGCUUGAAAAUUCUCUGGUCUUUUGGCAAUGGUAUUCACUUACUGUCUGAAAGCCAGAACAAAGGGAUGGAGGCAGUUUCUCCCUGGUCUGAUCUGUAUAAAUCCCAACAAUUCAGGCCCCUCUGACUGUUAUCCAGUCACCAGAAGAUGAUGUACUAUCUCCAGGAACACAUAAGAACUGUAGGCUUUCUUUGCAAACAUCAUGGCCCCCACUGUCAGUUCCUGUAAUCUGAGCCUUUCGGGCUGAGAACUCACCUGUGCUGUGGAGAUAUGAGCUUAAUUACCUGUUCAGUUACAAGGAUGCCACUGUUCACUACAGGUAAAUUGGUUGAUUUCCCAACCUUUUAUAACUUGAGAAAAUUGAGGCCAUUGAUACAGAUUAGUACUGCUUUGCUAAGGACUCCUUCAGCCACUUACUGCAAGCAUUCCUGCAAGAAAGAACUGUCAUACUUACACACACACACAUAGAUAGAUACAGAUAUAUAUCACACACUUAUAUCUUGGUAGAACAAGAUAUAAGUUCUCUUGUCCUGCCAAGUAAAAGACUUGUCAUUAAUGUGUUUUGUGCUACACUGGAACAGUUCUGGAGUUACCUCAAGAACUUAAAUGAAUUUGCAUGGAAUUUUGAAAAUACUUGCAACAAAGAGCAGAUCACAAAUAAUACCAUUUUGUCAUUUGUACAUCCAGUACAUACUUCCUCUACAGUUUGAGAGUCACAACUGUCUAUUUUUUUUCUGUUCUUCCAGAGAAAAAAAAAUCCCAAAGAUCAGAAGGAGAUGCUGUACAAAUUAAUGAUGGGCAAUGUAUCACUAUUUCAGUAAAACAGAGAUUCUAAAAGUACAUACUGCUAAGUAUUUCUAGGCAUGGAUACAUUAGCACCCCAGUAACACACCAGCUUAACUCUGCUUCCUGGCAGCCCACCUCAGGCAUGCUCCACAUCAUCAGAUCUCUAUGAACCACUGUCAACUCUGGCCUCUCCCAGAGGUGGAAUAUAAUCACUGCUAUUCACUGCCUUGACAUCGCUCACUCCUCCUCUGUCUUACCCACAGUUUUGCCCCUUCUUUCCAGCAAAAUGGUGAAGCAGGACGAAGCUGAUGCAUUCACCCCCGGCUGAGAAGAGGGCACAAGGUGAGGGAGCGGUACUGGAGGUAGGAAGGGUCAAGCAGCAGGACAGGAUCCCAGCACCAGCUGUUUUCCUAACAGGGGUGAGGUUGCCCAUAGCACCCAUCAGCAGGUGACCAAGAGGGAAAGGUGGAGGGGAGGGCCGAGAGGGGAACCAUGCCAACAGGAGUUAUAGGUGUGGCAGCUCACCGUUUAACUCAGCCGUGCCAAACAACUGGCACUGACAGACAUUGCUUUGAAAAGGAAGUUUUAAAGUGAUCCAGUGGCAGCUGUAUGAAUCUUGCUGGAACGUUUCCCCAUGAGGAAAGGAGUCUGAAAAAUAAGUGUAAAGGUAUUUGAGAGGGAGAAAAGGAAAUGGCUGAGCUGAGCCAGUGCAAGUAUGCAUACAAAUCAAUAUUCAGCUUUGAUAGUUCAAAGCCAUAAAAUGAACAGUAAGAACAUGUUUAACAACAUCAUUCUCUACCCAAAACACUAGCAUAAGAAACAACUCUGGAGAUGCUCAGCAGGUAUUGCAUUAGUUCAGAUCCUGAGCUCAUUUACUCAAACACACAUUUAUUUUCAUUUAUUUCAAUGAUGACAGUGCAGGUUUAAAUUAGCAUGGUAUAGAAGAGAAUGUGGCCUGCACAGACCCUCAAAUAAAUCACAUUUAAUCUAAAUUUGUAGAGAUACAAAAAAAAUCUUAUUCCUUUACAUUGGUAAAAUUUUCCUGUUCUUUUCUCUUGGUAAAGUGUAAGAAACUACAGCUGUUGGGAAAACUCAAAUGGUAAUGGGCUUUGCAGUUUUGUAAGAUCAAAGACUUUAGGAAACUUACAACAAGAACUAUUACAUCUUCGUGUUUCCUUUCCUUAAAAUGUGAUUUUACUAAUUUCUGAUUUUUCUUCUCGGCUUUUUAAUUAAUUGUGAUUUAGACAAAUGCUGUCAUUUUAGAAUGAGCACCAAUUGGGUUUAGAAUUAAUUGACAAAUAUUUGCUAAUAUUAAGGUGAAAAUACUUCCUCUGAAUGUGGUAUUUUUAAAGUUAGAGUUUUGGAGAUUUCAUCAGGCUGUUAACUAGAAUCUGCAAAAAAGCUUUUUGAAUAAAACUUGUACGGCACUGUACUGCUAUUUCAUGGCACUGAGAUCUAUUACCAGUAUUGUUUCAAGGACAAAAUAGUAACAAAAAUGGUACAAGAUGAAAUCUGGCUCCUACUGAUAAUAAGAAUGAUCAUGUUUUCCCUACUGCAGCCCAGUGCUUUGUUUGGUCAUUUCAAGAGCUUUAGGCACAGGAACAUUGCACUUAAAUCUGGUGGAAAUUUUCAGCUGUGUACAGUCUAAAAGGAAAGUUGUGUUUUCUAAGUUGGUUUGGCCUUUUGGGGAGCACAGAACUGAGCUGCAGUUGCAAGUCCCAUCCUACACGGAGAGUAUUCCCCGUGUUCUCUGUGCUGCUGUGCGAGUUUGGCAGCCCGUCUUUAUAACACAGUAUUAAAGGGCCUCCACUAACACACUGGAUGUGUUUAUGCUGUCUGCUGUCAGACCGACUACCCUACAGCCUGAAGGUAGGAUGAGACAUGUUGAUUGCUAGUGAAAGAACCCGUGUUUAAACGGCAGUAGAGAAGGCCUGCGCUUCUAGAGCCCAGGGACUUUGCUGUGUGAUGGGCAGAGCUUGUAACCCAUAGUCCUGUCCGCACAGACUACAAUAUGCCAAGUGCUUGUACGGUGCUGUUACCACCAGGAUCUGAAAGAAGAAAUUAUCACAACCGCAACAACAAAUCUAGGGUCAAGGAGCACAGCAGGUUUGGUACUGAAGUUCGAUGCACCGCAGAUCCCGGUGCUGCCCCAGCACUUAUCGGCUGCGCUCCGUGGGCCGCAGAGCAGGCCAGGGGCGAGGUGUCUCUGCGGUGCCGGGCUGGCUCCGCCGCAGGGCCGGGCAGCGCGGGAGGCACCAGGCGCUGGGUCCCGGGCGCGGUAAGCCCGGGGAGGGGCUCGGCCGGGCAGCCCCGCUGGCAGGUCACAGCCAGCCAGGAGCCAGCAGGCCGGCAGCACACGCGGCUCCGAGAGAACCUGCCCCGCUCUCCGCCCCUUCCCUCCAUCCUCUCGGGCAGGGCGGGGCGGAGCGCGGCCCUCCCCUCUUCCUCUGGCGUCGGUUCCGCUUGCAGAGCUCUCGCUGCCGCCACUCCUCGCUGCCGUUCCUGCCCGUCUCCGCUCCGGGCCGCUCGGGCAUUUUCUCUCUGCCUUAAAGUCGGGUGUCUUUUAUGAAUAAUCAAAAGCCGCAGAAGCCGACACUAUCGGGCCAGCGUUUUAAAACCAGAAAAAGAGGUGA